AUGGAUACUGCCAAAGACAUAGCCGAUGAUAACCCUCUCGCCGAAAGCAGUUUUUCGGUCGAUGAUGCAUCACCAAAGCCUAUUCCAAAUGGCGGGUUACUCGCAUGGCUGCAGGUUGCGGGCUCGUUUUGCCUCUACUUUUGUACUUGGGGGCUGAUCGCAAGCUUUGGAAGCUUUCAAACCAUCUAUGAGCGCGACGAACUGUCAAAUCAUACACCGUUCCAGAUAUCAGUCAUCGGCUCUCUGCAGACAUUUUUGAUGGUCUUCUCAGGGUUCAUAGUUGGCCCGAUCUAUGAUUCUGGCUACUUUCGACACCUUCUGGUUGUCGGCUCUACCUUCAUCGUCAUCGGAACUGUACUUCAAAGUCUGAGUCAAAAGUACUGGCAGUACCUUCUCACUCAAGGCCUCAUGAUUGGUAUUGGCGCCGGUUGUCUAUCGAUCUUGAGUGUUGCUAUUACUUCGCUAUGGUUUACUACAAAAUUGCCCUUGGUCAAUGGACUCGCAGCUUGCGGUAGUGGACUUGGAGGUGUUCUUCUCCCAAUUAUGAUACGGGAGCUCAAUGCGCAGACAAGCUUGCCCUGGGCGACGAGGGCUAUGGCUUUGCUGCUGUUGGUUCUACUCCUGUUUUCCAACCUCGUGCUUCGCCCAGGGCCGAACCCCAGUGGGCCAGCUCAGCGAAGGCAACUCCUUGACAAGACGGCUUUCACAGACUGGCCGUAUGUUCUCUUCGUGGCUGGGUGUUUCUCUGUCUUUUUAGGCAUGUACACGCCGUUCGUUUACGUCCAAAGCUACGCUCUAGACAAAAGAAUCGCGUCGACCGAUCUUGCAGGGAAUCUGCUUGCAAUUCUGAACAGCAGCUCAAUCUUUGGCCGCAUCCUACCAGCUUUUCUCGCACAAACUCUUGGACCUAUGAACACUAUCAUCAGUGCAGCAGUCUUACUUGCCACGACAAGUCUGUGUCUCAUCUCAGCAACUAGAACUCCACGAUUGCUUGUUACCGUCAUCAGCCAAGGCUUUUUCACGGGUUCCUUCUUCGCUCUUCAGCCGACCAUUUUUGUCAGGCUGACUAGCGAUCCUCGAAGAAUCGGAACCAGAUUUGGUAUGGCCUUCUCGGUCAUGUCUGUUGCGCUGCUAUUCGGUCCGCCUGUAGGAGGGGCCUUGCGAAGGAGCAUGAGCUAUACGGCAGCUUGGGUUUGGGCUGGGCUGACUGUUUUCUUCGGAGGCAUGUUAAUCCUUUGCAGUAGAUUGCUGAAGGAUAAGAAGUCUUUGAUAGUCUGA